CACCUGAGACACGUCCUCAAGACCAUCACUGGACUCGGACAAGCUGGGCAAACUGGAGACCAGCAACCGAACAUUCACAUCUACAUCGUGGAGAGCAGCUUGGAGCUGAUUGGUCGACACCUCCUCUUCCUCUCAUUGGCUCUGGAGCCACCUGAGAGGAUGGGCCUCCAAGAGAAGGCGGAGGUGUUUCUGGAGCUGUUUGGAAACACUCUGAUCCGAAGUCAGACCGCGGGGUCCCUGAGAGAGAUCGCGACGAGACUGAGGCAACACAUCCAGGAGGAGAGACUGCACUCUGCAAUAGAGCUGACAGCACUGAGGUAUAAGGAGCGGGACCAGUUGGAGGCUGUGUUCAAGUUUUGGGGCUCCACCGACCCCCUCACUUUCCAGCCUGCCCGGCUCUGGGAUGCUCGGCUCAGGCAGUACCUGGGCAGCCGAUACGACACGAGAGAGGGGUCCUUCGACUGGGACCUCAGCAUGAAACUACAUCAGAGAGGGACCUCUCUGUGCUUUACAAUGCUUCCCAAUGCCACUCCAGUAUCCUGUUUCCUGACCCAGGCAGGACUGAUCAGCAAGGCAGAGUAUGUGAGGUGGAGAGAGAAGGGCGUGGCCUUUGAACUGAGGGAGGGGGUCUACGAGACGGCCAAUCGAACCCUGGCUUCAGGAGCACUGCUUAAACACGAAGGUGAGAUGGUUCCUGUUAGGGGUUAUUGGGGUGACAUUGUGACGAGCCCCUACAUCUCAUUCGGGAUUGAAACAGAGCACCCCGAUCUGCUAAAGACUGCCAACGGACGACCGACAAAGACAGCUCAGGAAGUCUCCUAUCACACAGUCCUGCAACUCUUACAAGCUCUCCCCACCAGGAGGCGCUGCGCAGGGGAGCAGAUGGAGGAGCAGGCCAUUGUGGGUGACCCCUCAGCCAAUCAGAGAGCUCCGUCACCCGAGGAGACAGCUGCAGACUACGCUCCUCUCUCAUUGGAUCAGGUGAAGAUUCACUUCUUGCCUGUCAACUGUGUGGAGAGGCUUCAUGAGAGGAGUCGAUACAAGCAGCUUUUCAACAUUAUCUACUGCUCCUGCAGUUUGGUUCACCAGCUGAAGGCGCCACUGAGACAGAUUGCAGCUCCCAGAGCAGCUCUCAUCAUUGAACUGGGCAGGUAUGUUCUGGACCUGCACACAGACCAAGUCUCUGGAUUGGCUGACCGAGUAUGCGACAUCGCCAAGGAGGCGGGGUUUACCCCAACCGGGCCUCGGAGUGAUGUCGUCGCUCGAUUCCAGCUCUGUGACCCCUGACCCCGAAAAAAACCGUGUAACUUGCGAGCAGACAAACGUUUGAGUUCCUUUCGACACCCAGAACCAUGCUUUAUAAACCCCCCCCCACCCCCCCAAGAUAUUUCAAUACUGCAAA